GUAUUUUAAAAUAAAAACCAAAAAUCUUAGAGUCGCAUUCUCUGCCAGUAAACUGAUGAGCAACUAUAUAGCUUGUUAACAUCACAUUAAAAUAACCAAUUCCUUAAGGUUUUCUUUCUGUAACUCAUCACUUAGAGGCAAGUCCAUUUUUUGCACUCGCUCACAUUUGGACCUCAUCUUCAACAUACUUAAAUACACAUCUUUAGCUUCCAAUAUUACUGAAAAAUGGACACAAAUAUGAAUAUUGAUGAACCAGAAGUCGAUUUAACCAACGAAUCAAGCACUUUUGAACGAAAAAGAAGGCAGCUUAUACUUCAAAUUUCAAAUAAUAUGCAUGAAAUCGUCAAUCUUCUCGAUGUAUUAAAUAAAAAUUUGGAAAGUGUAAAUGGGGUUGGCAAAGAGUUCGACAAAGUUGCAUCCUUAUGGAUGUCAUUUCACGAAUCUGUAACGAACCCUCCUGUUGAGAAUGAUAAUGGAAACGCGUUUAAAGUCUGACGGAAUUUUCCUGCGGUCCAAUGGCUUGCCUCGUGCAUGUAGUUUUAUACGAUAUUGUGCAUAUAUGUUGAAUGAAAGUGGAAAAUAGUUUCUAGGAUUGACACAGCGACGUUAAAU